CUGCCUGAUAUCCCUCGAAGACAUCCUAUAAUCCUUGGCUUGCUGAGUCACCACUUCCAGACCCCAUUUUAUGCGCAGAUGGCAGCCUGCUACCAUACGUAGAGAAUCCCGCUGAGGAAGCUCGUCUGUCUUUCGAGCACAUGAGGAUGGUCGCCUUCUAUAAAGAUGAAUUCGACUUUCAGUGGCUACUUAAUGACCUUCGUCAAAGACAGCUGUUGCCCGCCUCAUGGAUCUAUCCCGUCAUGGGUCAGCGUAAGGUCACUAAAGGGCCGCUCCCAGGCAUACCUAUAUCGGAAUUCCAUGUGAGUAAAGCCCAACCACCAUUGCAGCCAUCCGCACGAGCUUCAGGCCAUCAAUGUGUCCCACCGACCAGCAGGACCUUGCGCUGGCCGGCAUCCGCCGUGAGCCUAUCUGGCACCCUUCCUCCACCCCCACUUGUCGCAAAUCCUGAUCCUUCGACUUCGGCCGUGUUCCCGUCUCCUCUCAACAGUCGAGCUUUGAAGUUGGUUCACUCGUAUGCCGCGGAGAAGGCUGCACAUUCGCAAUCAGCAGAGAGCCUUGCACACUCGCGUGCGGUGCAGAGCUCCGCAUACUCACAUGUAGCGGAGAGCCUUGCACAGCCGCCCACCGCGCAGAGCUUUGCACACCCACACCGGGCGCAGAGCUCUGCACGAGCCUCAGCCCACCAAUCCGUCCCACCACCGUCCUUUUCUGAACGUGAGCAAGACGCUCACCUCCAACGCGAGCGGGUUUCUCCUUUCGAAGGCGCAACACUGCGACAGGACGCGCUUGACGUUGUCCUCGAGGGACUCCCAGAGUCUGCUCACCGCGAGUGGGCUCUUGCCAUGCGCAACUACGGGCCUCCUGAGAUGCGUCUAUCGGACCGUCUCUCACUCCAAAUUUCGUCCAUCCUCUCGCACAAUAAUUCGCAAGAUCUUUACGAACGUCUGCGUGGACCUGUUCGAUUUCAUUCGUGAUUUCAAUCGUAUACCCUUGAUCGUGGGCCGUCACCCUCGCCCGUCUUACGAAUGUCUGUAACAGCAACCCAACAAACUUGUCCUGACUUGCUGCCACCAAGGUGCCCACUCCCCGCCCAUCAACAAGUUCAGAGAAACAAAGCGUCAAUUUUCCAGAAGUACGC